UGUAUUGUAUAGCUCUUUGCAGUGGUACAUUUUCCGGAGCAUGCCAUUGCAUUCUUUUCAAAAGAAAAAAGAGCAGUACCGUCAUUCCCCCUUGGGGUUGAAUGGGUAAAAGCAAUGGCAAAAAAAUCCAAGGGCAAUUUUAAUAAAAAAUUUCUCAUUACAGAAGAGGCUAAAUAUGUCGAAAAGCCAUAUAUUGGCGUGGCUGUUUUGGAGGUGGUAGCAGCUGCAGAAUUGAGGAUGCCACUGAUGAAAGUGCCACUGCUGUGCUUAAAUAGAGCGGCUUGGUACAAUUCACAUAAUUGCCGCAAGCAGUUGGCUGAAAGACCCAUUGUAGGGAUAUGUUUGCCAUUCAAAACAAAGCAAAAUAAGGGAGUUGAUGAUACUAAUUGGUAUCACUUCCAUGAAAAACAAAUCCCUGCAUGGGAUAGAGCUUGCCAGCAAGCUAGGAUGGAGACAGCCUUUGCUGAUGAGCUGCUGCCACCACGGGACCCAGGUGAAGAUGAAAAUAUGCCUAAGGAAUUGGAGGAACCUGACAACGUGAUGCAUCAUGAGAAUAUUAUGGAUUCACCGCUGCAGGUCACUUCACUAUUGCUAGCCAAUUCUGAGCCCCAAAUGGAGCCAUCACCGGAGGCUGAACGCCAGUCUAACCUACAUGACAGUGCAGCACCGGGGGCCAAUUCUGAGCCACAGAUGGAGUCUAUUCAUUUGGAGCUUGAUAACUAGCAUAAUAGUGCAUCCCCGAUGCAGGACAGUGUACCUCCGGUGCAGGACAAUGUACCUCUGGUGCGGACACGCAAAAUGAGGCGGCAAAUAGGUACUCCAAGGGCCUUUGAUGGCUACGAAGUUGAUAGCAUGGUCCAAAGGAUCAAGA